GUGGCUCGGGACCGCCAUCUUGGCAAGAGGCGAAGCGGCAGCUACUCCUGUCAGGGGGGCAGCGGGUCCAGAGCGACCGGUGCUCCCCUUCCCCUGACCCUAGCCCUAACCCCAGUGGAGCCGGAGCGUGGGCGCGCCCCACCACCGUCCUCACCAUGGUGCUGUUGGCAGCAGCGGUCUGCACAAAAGCAGGAAAGGCUAUUGUUUCUCGACAGUUUGUGGAAAUGACUCGAACUCGGAUUGAGGGCUUAUUAGCAGCUUUUCCAAAGCUCAUGAACACUGGAAAACAACAUACAUUUGUUGAAACAGAGAGUGUAAGAUAUGUCUACCAGCCCAUGGAGAAACUGUACAUGGUACUGAUCACUACCAAAAACAGCAACAUUUUAGAAGAUUUGGAGACCUUGAGGCUCUUCUCAAGAGUGAUCCCUGAAUAUUGCCGAGCCUUAGAGGAGAAUGAAAUAUCUGAGCACUGUUUUGAUUUGAUUUUUGCUUUUGAUGAAAUUGUCGCCCUGGGAUACCGGGAGAAUGUUAACCUGGCACAGAUCAGAACCUUCACAGAAAUGGAUUCUCACGAGGAGAAGGUGUUCAGAGCAGUCAGAGAGACUCAAGAACGGGAAGCUAAGGCUGAAAUGCGGCGUAAAGCAAAGGAAUUACAGCAGGCCCGGAGAGAUGCAGAGAGACAGGGCAAAAAAGCACCAGGAUUUGGGGGAUUUGGCAGCUCUGCAGUAUCUGGAGGCAGCACAGCUGCCAUGAUAACAGAGACCAUCAUUGAAACUGAUAAACCAAAAGUGGCCCCUGCACCAGCCAGGCCUUCAGGCCCCAGCAAGGCUUUGAAACUUGGAGCCAAAGGAAAGGAAGUAGAUAACUUUGUGGACAAAUUGAAAUCUGAAGGUGAAACUAUCAUCUCCUCCAAUAUGAGCAAACGAACCUCUGAAGCAACCAAAGUGCAUGCUCCACCCAUUAAUAUGGAAAGUGUGCAUAUGAAGAUUGAAGAAAAGAUCACACUAACCUGUGGACGAGAUGGAGGAUUACAGAAUAUGGAGUUGCAUGGCAUGAUAAUGCUAAGGAUCUCAGAUGACAAAUUUGGCCGAAUUCGUCUUCAUGUUGAAAAUGAAGAUAAGAAAGGGGUGCAGCUACAGACUCAUCCAAAUGUGGAUAAAAAACUUUUCACUGCAGAGUCUCUGAUUGGCUUGAAGAAUCCGGAGAAGUCAUUUCCAGUCAACAGUGAUGUAGGGGUGCUAAAGUGGAGACUACAAACCACAGAGGAAUCUUUUAUUCCACUGACAAUUAAUUGCUGGCCCUCAGAGAGUGGAAAUGGCUGUGAUGUCAACAUAGAAUAUGAGCUACAAGAAGAUAAUUUAGAAUUGAAUGAUGUGGUUAUCACCAUUCCACUCCCAUCUGGUGUCGGCGCACCUGUGAUCGGUGAGAUUGAUGGGGAGUAUCGACAUGACAGUCGACGGAAUACCUUGGAGUGGUGCCUGCCAGUGAUUGAUGCCAAAAAUAAGAGUGGCAGCCUGGAGUUUAGCAUUGCUGGGCAGCCCAAUGACUUCUUCCCUGUUCAAGUUUCCUUCAUCUCUAAGAAAAAUUACUGUAACAUACAGGUUACCAAAGUGACCCAGGUAGAUGGAAACAGCCCUGUCAGGUUUUCCACAGAGACCACUUUCCUAGUGGAUAAGUAUGAAAUCCUGUAAUACCAAGAAAAGGCAACCAAAAAGGAAAAUUUUCAAAUUAAUAAAGAAGAAGCCAACAGUGGCUGAAGAGUUUUUUCCAAAUUUACAAGCCAUUGGAGACCCUAUUUUUCCUGAUACAGUACUCGAGUCUCUGCGCGCAAGAACCCUCAACUCACCCCCGUGUUUCAGUGUCACAGAGACAUUCUUUGAGAAAGAAAUGGCACAAACAUAUAAAGGGAAAGGCUGUUGAUUUCUUUGGCAGAUUUUAGUAGCCAGCAGGAAAGCAAGCUCUUCGGAGAAUGCCCCCAGUUAAAUACCUCCUCUGCCUUCACCUAAGUUGCUCCUUCAUUUUAAUCCUUAAAUAUAGUUAUAUUUCAUACUUACUUGUUUUUUAAAAAUUUUCUUUGUAGAAUAUUUUAAUUUUUCAUAGUCCUAUCUUUUACCUUUAGUUUCUUCUUUCUGUUCAUUCAAUUCAGCACUGAGAUCAUCUGUAUACAGCCAUUGUAUUUGUUUUACUCUCCUGAAACAAGUUUAUCUAACUCAUUCUUAUUUUUUGGACUAUGCAGAUUAACUGUUUAAGGGGUCUGGGGUCUAGAAGCUAAAAGAUAAGGAUGUCUUCUAUCCUUUUCUCCUGUCCAUUGAUGUCUACACUUUGCCAAGUUGUUUUCUUUUCAAAGCUUGUCCCUCCAGUUUAGAUUAGUACUGUGAAUCCCACUUUGUCAUUAUUAAAGGUAGCUGAGAAGUAGCUUUUGAAUGGCACAGCCCCUCUUCAAGAUGUCUGAGAGAAUGGUUAUUUCCAGUUAUUUCAUAUCCACAUUUAAUCAUGUCUGCUGCUAGUGCUACCCAAGCUUCCAGUUCUCUACAUUUUGGGUACUUAAGCUAAAACAUAAUGGCUUAUAAUCUUCAUAAUCUAUUCACAUUCUCACAUUUGCCACUUCCCUCUUCCCGAGUGCUUUUUUCUCAUUAGUCCUCUCCUUUCUAGCAGAAAUGAGGUUAUGAUUUGGAGGCUGUGGGUUUAGUGAAUCUUUGUGCCAAUUGCACUGGCCCUGAAUGAUCAAGGAGACUUGAUUUUCACCACUAGAUUUUUACCAUUUCAAGAAGUGGCUGAUUAUAUUGGAAUGUCGGGAUUACUCAUAUAUACCCCAUUUCCCACCAGCUUAUCUGUCCCUAUCUCUGAAAUCCUUUUCUUCCGCCUAAGCCUUUUGGGUGUCAUCAUGUAGUGGUUGUUCCCAUCUCAUCCCUUACUUUUUCAAUGGAGACUGAAACAUCAGCAAGCUCUCCUUGGCUUUUAACCCAGUAUUGCAUUCAACAGGGUGGCCAAAGAGUUGCUGCAAGGCUGCAGGGACUGGAGUGGGAAGAGUGGACUGUAGAUGACCUCCUACAUGCUUAGCUUGCUGGCUAGCUCCACUCCCACUCCGAAGAACAUCUGGCCCUCCCUGCAAAGAGUGUACUGUACUUGAAGCAAAGUAGUUACACAGACAGCCAUGGAUGGAAUUGCUUGCCAAAGAAAUUUCUAGCCUUUCUCUUUCUCCUAACUGCAGCAGGGAAGAAUCUUUAUCUCUAGCUUGGUUUCCACAUGAGAUUUUUCUGAGGAAGGAGCCUAGGACAAGAAGUUGGUCAUGUAGUCAAAUAGGCAAGAAAUCUUAUUAAUCCAGUUUUGUUCAAAAGUUGCUUGUCCAUAUGAUUUUUUAAGUCAAGUUUAAUUUCACAAAAACUUUUGUUUUUCUGAGAUUACUUUUGGGGUAAUAUUUAAAAUGAGAGAUGUUUUGUAACCCUGUAAAAUACAUAGGGAAUAUAACAUUCCAAUGUACACAAGGAAGGCAAAUUCUUUAAUCAAAUAAAGAGUAUUAUAAAAUGA